AUGACGUCUAUAGAUUUGGGACUGAAGAGGACGCUGACGGAUGUUUUGGAGGAUGAGCUGUACAAUAUGCGGUUGCGGGAGCAGGAGACGGCGCAGGAGCAGCUUGAUCUGCGGGAGGCCGGGAAGGUGCGGCAGGUGCAGUUGCAGCAGCAGCAGAUGUUCAGCCAGUAUGCUGACCCGAGUGUGACGAUGAUGUCGGGCGAUGUGGCGUGUGAGGGUGUGCUGAGUACAGCGCCAGCGAACUUACUGGCGAACCCGGACAUACGGCAGGCGCCAGCACCCCAGGCGCAGGCUCAGAUGCUGCAGGUGAACCCGGAAGUGCUGAUAUCGUAUGCUAACAAGAACAGCGCGCAUAUGAACGUGUCUGCGGUGGACGACAAGCUUAAUAGGGGCCUGGUAGACGAGAACUCGUACUACGACGAUGUGGACUAUAGCAGCAUGAACGCCAAGAUGGCGGACUGGCAGCUGGACGAUAACGUCGCUAUGCUCGACAACAACGAUGCGCGCCUGAUAUUCGACAACGAGUUUGCCGACGACGAUGACCUGAGUGACGACGAGAACUUGUUCGACGAGGGUCUAGAGAACUACCACAACGAACUCGUUUCUUCCAACUCCCCCAUAGAAUCCCUGGAUGUCGCUGAACACAAGGAGUCCGUAGACGAUAGACUACGGAAAUACCACCUAGACAACAUCCAGAACAUCCUAAGCAAAACAUCAACUAACGAUAAAGAUAUACUGCAGAUAAAACUACCUUCAGAUUUCACAACUACCAACCUACAUAGCACAAACCCAUCUGGUCUGAUUGAAGAUCCAUCUCAGCUGGUUCUAGGGAGCUCUAAGAAGAUUACCGAGGAUACCCAUGUAGAGGAGGAGAGCAAGAACUUACCAGACUUAACUGAAUUAACCUCAGCCACAGAGAUCGAAGACAUCCUGCUGGCUGUGGACUCAGACGACGAUGACUUAUACACCAAACCUAUUGCAAAACAAACCACAAAGAAAGAUAACUCAAAACCGGUUGAGAAGACAGUUGUAGAGAAAACUUCAUCGGUUACCAAGGCUGGCUCUAACCACAGCAGAAGCACAUUGGCUAGACCAACUGCUCACGCACGUAAGUUGAGUUCUUCAAGAAAGCAAGCUCCAAAGGUCUACAACCCAAAGACUACAACGAAGAGCACUCACACCCAUUCCAAGAACAACGCAACACAUGAAGCUUUUGUUUGUGAGCUGGUAAACAGUGUAACAAAUGAGGUUUGCGGUGCGCAAUUCUCUAGAACUUACGAUUUAACCAGACACCAAAACACCAUUCAUGCCAAGAAGAGGUCCAUUUUCCGUUGCUCUGAGUGUAUCCGUGCCCUGGGUGACGAAGGUUUUCAAAAGACUUUCUCAAGAUUAGAUGCACUAACAAGACAUAUUAAGGCUAAGCAUGAAAAUUUGUCCCUGGAGGAACGCCAACAGGUUACUAAAUAUGCCAAGUCUAACAUCGGAUUUGUCACUGCAUAA